AUGCCUAGGAUUCUGAAUGCAAGCGUACCUGGCGCAAUUGAUGAGAAUGUUCUCUUUCUCUGUCGCAUCUAUUUCUUCAGCAACAUACUGUCCGACUUCCACCAAAUUGCCUAUGACAAUGGAACAACGCACCGCUCAGAGGCUCGUGCAAUUAAAAAGCUCGGAGCCAUGGCAUUUGAGGCUGAAAAGGCUGGGACAAUCACAAGAGCCCCUCACAGUGGCCAGAAUGUUCCAGUUAACAAGCACUACGUUCGCCUGCUAACGGCCAUUGAAUGUCGUUUGCCAACCGAGCCAGCCAGGCCACCGCGCUUCGAUAUUGUGGCCCUGGAAAUGAAAAUCCUUCAGACUGCGGUAGAGAAGAAAUUCUCACGCCUGAAACAGGAAAUCCAUGCAGCCCUCGAUGGAAAUUGA